AUGAACUCAGGGAGAUUGCAUCUUGAAAACUUUAUGGUAGCUGUACUGUAUUCUGAUCACCAUUUCCUAAAAGUUUUCUAUUGUUUGGAUGCUUAUCGACUUCUGAUAUGUAUUUUCAUUUUUGAAGGCAAUCAAGAGGAGAAUUUCGGUGAUGAAGAUCACACUCGUUUAACAACAAACGAUGGAUACGACUUUAUUGAUGAAAAUGCACGUUCAAACGAGAGAUUUCGUAGUGAAUUAUAUCGUUCGAUAAUAAAUGAUAAAAUUUUAAAAGAUAUAAUAAAAGAACAUGGUCAAAACAUAUUAAAUACGUAUUCUCAAGAUCUUGUACGUACAUUUUGUACAAUUGUUGAAAAUACUGACGUUGAUAUAGAUAAAUGUUCAGAUGCAAUUGAAUGUAUAUCAAAAUGGUUAUUAUUAUUAGAUGAAAAUGAUCAUAAAGACUAUGAUAAUUGUAUGCAUAAAGAUAUCUGGUUAUUAUGUCAUGUUUAUACAUCAUUUGAAUAUGAUAGAAAUGAUUUAUUAUCAUUAUAUACAGCUCGUAGAAUACUUGAUCGUUUAAAUCCUAAUCAAGAUUAUCAUGAUAUCGACUUAAUAACAGAUAAAACAGAUAUUAAUGAUCGAGAUCGAUCAAAAUUUCGUGAAAAUAUAUUUCGUUUAAUGUUCGAUUGUUUGUGGACAAAAUUAUAUCAGUUAUGUGAAGUAUAUGAUGAAUUGUCAUUAAUGAUAUGGAUUGAAACAUAUACUUUUAUAACAAAAUAUUAUCCAUCUGAUAAAGUAAUACAUCGUAGUCAAUUACAUACAUUAAAUUAUUCUGAAAAUGAUUUACCUAAUGGAAUAAAAUUUUUUUGUCUUCAAUUUAAAAUUGAAUUUAUGCAUUUAUCGUAUCUAAUAAUAAUGAAUGAAAAAAUACCCAAACCAAUUGAACUUAUUACUGGUCUUUUAAAAGAAAAUGAGAUUGAUGGUGGACCCAUUAGUUGUUUAUCAAUAUUACCAAAUAUUAUUGAUUUAAUUAAUGAUUAUUUUCAACAACAAAAUUGUGAUGCUGAUGCUUUAAUGAUUGAUAUUCAACAAUGGAUUAUUUCAAUAUUAAAAACAAUAAAAACUAAUGAUAUUCAAAAACAAAUUGAUUAUUUAUUAAAAUAUUUAAAUGAAAAAUGUCAAUUACGUUUAGCAAUGAAACAAUUUCUAUUUGAUCAAUUAUCAAAUUUAAUUAUUGAACUUAAACAAAAAACUAUAAAAGUAUUUAAUAAACAAAAGACAGAUACAUUUAGUAUAAUGAAAAUUUUACUUCCAUAUGUUGUACAAUGUCUUCCUGAAUCAACAGUCAAAGACUUUGAAUAUAUUUUACCUUAUCAUCCUUCUGUUAUAAAAAUGAAUACUGAUGAUAGAGAAAAAUAUACAUUAAUUGAUUUAUUCUUUUUUCAUAUAAGAAAUCGUCUAGACAAUGAACCAAUCAAAUAUGAAUUUAUAAAUAGUAUCAAAUUAUCAACACCGCCGACGAUAAGAGGGAAACGUUUAACUGCUAUUGUGGAAAAUUUAUAUAAAUUAAUGACAGAUUAUUUGUUAAUACGGAGUACAGGUAUGUUUUUAUGUUAUUAUAGAAGAAUGAUAUGUUUCAUCUUGAACAGUUUUCUGUGUGUGACAGAAAAAGAUCAAUUCAGUACAAAUAAUAGACAAUAUGUAUAGCAAUUCAAAUUUACAUUUUAUACUUAAAAAAACUCGAGUUUUCAUUUAGAGAAAUGAAAACUGGUGAAUCAGUCAAAUAUAGAGUAAAAUCUAUAUCGAGCGCUUCAAACAUAAAGGUCUUGAUAGAAAGUCAAAGAGCAACGACCUCUUCUUUCAGAGCUUACUCUUCUUUCAAUGCUUGUCAGUUGCAUUACGUUCAGAUUGUCUCAGCAACUUAGGUUUUCGACAGGAGUUUCUCAUCAAAUCUUUUCUGUGUACUGGUGGCAACCGUAAGUCUCUACCUUAUUUUUAUUAAAAGUUAGUCGAAAAACAAUGGAAUACACUUUAUAAAUCGUUGACUUCAAGAGUGAGAACUCUUGAAUCGUUUUCAUUGAAAUAACGAAAGCCACAAAUUGUCGUAGACGUUAUUUUUGUGCAAUUUUAAUCUGAAAAAUUCAAUUACUUUACAGUUUUAUGUUGAUAAUUCUGAAAUCAAAGUUUCCAGCCAUAUAGGAAAGAAUCUUUUUUCUUGAGUUCGUUGUUUUGAGCAUUCGGACAAAGAUUACUUUUUCCAGUAGUGGAACGUACAUGUGAGAUUGGCAGCCAUUGUACUGUUUUCGUGAAAAAACCGCAAAAAAU